AUUCAUUUAUUUUAUUGAAAGUGAUUAAGAGUGUGGGAAUAAACAAAUUAUUCUUCCCUUAGUUGCAUAAAGUGCUCCGGUAUAUCGUCAACUGAUGUACACAGUUUCACGAUUCUUGGCAAACUGAAAAGUUCUGCAAGCUCCGCACAAGAAGAAGCGACUGACGGUGGGAGUGAAGGUUUCCAGUGUCAAGAAAACGACGGAGUUUCACAUUAAAAAAUUAGUGCCGAAAGGUAUAUCAAGGAAAACCGGCGAUGGCUAAAACGUCUUUCUUCAUCUGCUCUUUCUUUGAAUAUUUCUGAAUACAAUUUUGAAGAGACGAAAUUAUACCUGGUCUAAUAGCAGCUAAAAAAUCGCUGUUCACAACCGCGGCAUCUGAAUUACAUCCAAUUGCGUAGCCAGUAUCGGAACGGGGUGCAAAGAUCUACGCUGAAACUGGGCGCUAGCCUGAAAUGUGGUUCAGCCUACUAACUCCCUGGGGAUUUGGCUGAAGUGGAAGAUGAAUGACAUUUCAGAGGCGCCAAACCAAAGUCUUGCUGAAGCGGAUGUUCAGUUAGGUCCCAGAACUUUCCAGAAAUAUCAUAGCCUGCGAACUUAACGCAGAUGUAUUUCCGGCUGCCGCUUGUCUUUGAAGGCAAUACAACUGCGGUCGCAGGCUAGAAAUAUCAUUAUUUCGAUGGGAAAGACGUUUUCACUAUAUGAUAGAGAAAGGAAUCGAAGAUCAUAUAGGUCGAGAAUUCGAAGAGAAAGUUGUGAAACAGGAACACACAAAAUGGCUGAUCAGCAAUUCAGAGCUCUAUCGUCGUGUUUGAUGAUUGGGUUCCUCGUGAUUGUAGUAACAGCAGGCAACACUGAUACGAAUGAUUGUCCGUCUCCUCUGGGAAUGGAGGAUGGACGCAUCAAGGAUGAUCAACUUAUAACUACAACCAAUUUAAAUGGUCUAAGCGACGCUUCUCAUGGCAGAUUGAAUUAUAGGGAUGGCUAUGGUGGAUGGUGCCCUAAUCAGACGCGCAGUGGAGAUGAAACGGGACCAUUUAAUGACCAGUUUAUUGAAGUCAGGCUGAACACGCCGGUAUUACUCAAAGUUAUUGUUACACAAGGCCGUUAUAAUGGAGUGGAGAAAGUGAAGCGUUACCGGAUUGCUUACACACCAGACAUAAAGAAUGUGCCUUUAAAGUGGUUUCGCGAUGAACAAAACAACAUUGUGAAGUCCUUUGAAGGUAACAUCGACAGUAAGCCGCACAGAAGGACACUAAAACCACCCGUUGUUGUGGAGCUAAUUAAAAUUUAUCCAGAAUUGUACAAAGGUAAACAGGUGUGCCUGAGGUUCGAGCUUCUUGGCUGUUCAUUGAAAUAUGGUGAGUUAAUUUUAUUACUUUUUAUAAUGUAGAUAGGACCGCGCU